UUUCUAAUUUGUUGUGGUUAUAAAUUAAGUUAAAUGUAAAGAAUUAAGAAAUCAUAAGGAAAUCAAACCCAUGACCAAUCCAACUCACCUUUAUACAUAUUAUCUAUACUCAAUAAACAAUUCCAAGCUGAUUAUUCCACAACGUCAGAAAGAAAAAAGGAGGGGUCGCAGUUAGUUUCGCAUUCAUUCACAUACAAUAAACCGAACUUUAAAACCAAACCUUCCCCCUGCCGGAAACAGUCGUAAUAUUAUUCCCUCUCAUUCUAUGAUUAAUCCUUCUGUCAAUUAGUUCCCUCCAAUUUCUUUUUUCUUUUGAAAAUUUUCAACUGCUAUCUAGCUAGCUAGCUAUCUAGCUAUCAGCUGCUGCCGCAUGGCCUCGAUCUUGAGCUCGCAAGGGGUGGUCUUGGCCACAGCCAUGGCUGUCUCCGGAACUGUAAUCCUCCUUGCCCUCCGCCUUCAGAAGUCUCUGCCCACUUCCGCUCAUCAUCAAUUCCCAGUAGUUGGGCAAAUUGAUCCGGCUGCUGCUCAGUCUUCACGGCAAGCUGCAGCCCUUCGUUCUUGUAUAUCUGCUACUGCUGAUGGGAAGAAGAGAUCAGAGAAGAAGAAGAAGAAGAAGAAGAGGGUGCACUUUGCAGAGGAUGUUGUGGAUCCAAUUGGUUACAGUGAGGAAUUCAGGAGACAACAUGGGAUCAUAAUCACCAACCGUACAUAUAAUAACAAUUACCACAGCACUGACUACUGCUACAAUCCCUCCCCCUCAACCUCAUCAUCAUCAUCAACUUCUUCCCCAAAGUUCAUCAAGAAAGUCGGUGGCAAAGUCGUACCGGAAAUGCCUGCAAACAGGAUAGCCCUCUACAAUGGAAUCCUCAGAGAUCGGGUCGUCCAUAGAUUGGCCUGCUCCUAUUGAUCACUGAUCUUUCCUCUUCCCUUCAUUUCUUUCUCUUCUUAGUUUGCUCUUUUUCUGUGCAGAUGGAAAGGAGAAAAAGAAAAAAGAAAAAAAAAUUUAUUUCUUUUCUUGGUUGUUAUAUAUGUAGAAAAAGAAAAAUCCUGUUUGCAAUUUGUUGGUUAGUUAGUAUAUUCUUGUAAAUAUUCGUCCGUCAUUUCUAUUUUGUUUUCUUUAUGUAUUUCCAAAUUAUAAUAUUAUAUUAUAUGAUAUAACAAUAUUAUUGUUCUUGUC